CACCGAUCAAUAUAUUUCUUAAAUGCAUCAUUUAUAAUUUAGUAGAUUAUUCUCAAUGACUAUAUAAUAAUUCUAUCCAGAAUAAUUUCAAUAGUAAUACAAUAUCCUUCCACAACAUCAAAACCAGAAAAAUAUCAACCUUACCUUAACAUGGAUUCAAAAUAUUCCAGAUCAUUUUUCACUUAAACCUUUUUUACCCAUCUCUUAUUCCUAUUUUAUUUAUGAAGCCCCUUUUAAAACUUAUCCACUCAGAUUUAACAACUAAAUUUUACCAGAUUACAAAACCUAGUCACCUGCAAUCUAAAGCAAUUAACCCACUCCUGAAAUCUCAAAUGAUUAUUCAAUCCUAUGAACCCAUUGAUCCCUUAUCUAUGUUUAACAACCUCCUACUUUUAGACUUCGAGGCUACAUGUUCAGGUAAAGGGGCUCAACCACCUGACCCCCAGGAGAUUAUCGAGUUUCCAGUCAUCUGGGUUACCAUCAAACCAGAACCCCACCAACUAGAGAUACGUGCUCGCUUUCAUCGAUUUGUUCGGCCAGUCAUUCACCCUCAAAUAUCUUCCUUCUGCUCAACCUUGACAGGUCUCACUCAAGAGACCAUAGAAGAGUCUUUUCCUCUAGAACAUAUUCUAGAAGAUUUUCAUGUCUGGCUUCAGCACAACGGUUUGUUGCUACCAACAUCAUCCACAACGUUAUUCCCCAACUUCACAUUUGUCACAUGCGGUGAUGCUGAUCUACGCAAGCUCCUUCCCCGUCAACUGACUUACAUGCAUCCCACCAAUAUUCAUCCUGAUAAUUAUUUUCACCAUCAACAAUAUACCAAAGAUCUCUCUCGAUUUGCUACUGGUCCACAAUACAUUUAUUUCAAACGUUGGAUUGACUUAAAAGUUGCCUUCUGGGCGUUGACCAGAGAAUGGCCAGUUCGAGGUCUUACCCACAUGCUCUCUAAUCUUGGGCUUCGAUUUGAGGGUCGACCCCAUAGUGGUUUAGAUGACUGCCUCAAUAUGCUAAGGAUUAUGAGGAUUAUGGCCAAGCGUGGGUAUCGUUUUAAUAAAAUUACCAGCUCAAUGUGAUCUCAACAAAAUAUUUUUUUCAUUUUUUAUAGUAUUGAGUGAUGUCAAUUAUUGAAAAUUUAUGGAUAUUUUGUACUUUUGAUUAGCUU